AGGCGUAAUGCCAAUAACCCUUUCGUGUUGUGUGAAGCAUAAAUGUGCGAGCAUGUCUGGCAAAUUUAUUCUGUUCUAAGCUGGUUUCAAAUGGCUUGCUUUUGGCUUGUAAAGGAAGGUUCAAAAAAGUUGGUACUGUGCUCGGAGGAAAUAGAAAAAUAUUUUGGACAAAUAGCCGGUCCCAGUCUUUGGAACGGCAAAGUUCUGUUAGAAUCAAAGCUACAGCGAAACACGCACCCCUACCCUAAUUAAUAGCAUGAGAAAUAAACGAGCCAAUAUUUGGCUAUCCUUCUAGGGACAGGAAGAAAGCGACGAACAAUUUUGACGGCGAAUAGAAAAGUUUGUGGUGACGAAACCAGUGCAAAAUCACUUUAUCCCGGGGGGUUAGUUGAGAAACAGAGAUGCAAUCUGCUAUGACGGCGAGCUGCCAUUAUUGAUAGUGAGAGCAUUUCACAUGCCUAACCUCACGUGCACUUGCAAACUGUGACGACCUAAGCGCUGGCCCUUCAUCAAUCAGCACAGCUGAAAGUUCAGCACCAUAGGUUCUAUCUUCGGCAUUGUUACCAUUUCCAUCACACAUCAAUAGUGCUCGAUAGUUCUCUACCUAGUUCGUAUCAGUAGAAGCUCCGAUGUUGUAACGAUCAUGCACAAUCUCAGGAAAUGUUCCCGUCGAAAUUUGCUUCUAUUGUUCGCAGUCGUCAUCGGCUAUUUACUGGUGGACUAUGUGAUCAACAGCCGCGACUACGUAGACAAUCGGGAGAAAAUAAGCCUGAUUGAAGAAUCAAUUAGGUCGUUGGCUAAUCAAGGGGCCUGCAAAAUGCCCAAUCUGCCAGUGGAAUCGCCGGAAAUGCUUAGUUUUAUGAAGGAUGAACCGCCGAUCGAAUGUGGGGAUGAAAAUGACGAUUGGGUUACGUGCCAUAAAUCAACCUGCACCAUCAAGCCAGAAGUGGUUAAGGUUCGCGGUAAGAUAACCUGUGAUUUCUCCGAUAUCUCACGAGUCGACGAUAACAAAUUAGCUUACGGACCGCCCGUUCGAACAAGUCACAGCUAUAAGCUUGAGAAAAGUGAUUUUGCCCGGGCCCGAUGCUGGACCGAAUCAAGAUUUCGGUGGAAUGGAGUAGUUAUUGGUAUCCGGGAGGAUAAUAAUAUUCGCAGCCGUACCAGUUGGAAUAAGGAAAAUACACUGAACGUUUUGAUGAUCGGUUACGAUUCGCUCAGUAGAAAUGCAUUCAUCAGAAAAUUACCAAAGGCGUAUAAAUAUUUGACAAAAUAUUUAAAAGCAGAUGUUCUUCAGGGAUAUAAUAUUAUAGGUGACGGUACACCGCAAGCAUUGAUUCCGUUGCUAACGGGGUUUACGGAACUAGAGCUGCCGGAAACGCGUAGGAGAAUGAAGAAUUCCGAAUUUGUCAAUGUAUACCCCAUGGUUUGGAAUGAAUACGAAAAAUAUGGAUAUGUGACGGCAUUCAACGAAGAUGUUCCGCACAUCGGUACCUUUUCAUACCGAUUGAAUGGAUUCGAUGCUCAACCAACUGAUCAUUACAUGCGCACAUAUUAUCUCGCAAUAGAAAGUCAACUUAGCUAUUACAAACGUUUAUGCGUAGGGGCACAGCCUCGGCACAAGAUUAUGCUCGACUAUACUAAAGAAUUUAUGUUAAGUUAUACCGCAAAUCCACGAUUCGUUUUUAGCUUUCAUGGCGAAUUAUCUCACGAUUCUAUCAAUCUAGUCGGAGUAGCCGAUACCGAUAUCGCCAACUGGCUGGUGGAGCUAAAACAGUCAGGAGUAUUGAACAACACAAUCCUCAUCAUGAUGUCCGAUCACGGUAAUCGGUUUGCCGAGGUGCGCAACACUCUGCAAGGCAAGCAGGAGGAACGGUUACCGUUUUUCGCUUUCGCUUUUCCCGAAUGGUUCAAGCGUCAAUACGCAGAACAGUACAAUCAAUUUCAAACCAAUUUAAAUCGGCUUGUGACUCCAUUUGACGUACAUGAAACGCUUCAGGAUAUUUUGAAUCUGCAGAAUCUCAAAACGAAGCAACGACCUGCACAUACCCGGGCACUUUCGCUUUUUGAGGAAAUUCCUCAAAACCGCUCCUGUGCAGAUGCCUACAUUGAACCGCAUUGGUGCGCUUGUUUGAAUUGGGAAACGAUUCAGGAUCACUCGUCCGAGGAAGUGUUUCGCUCGGCCAUGGCAGUGGUAGAAUUCAUCAAUAAAUAUACCGAAAGGCAUCGAGGAAUAUGUGCUUCACUAACGCUGGAUACGAUAGAAUGGGCCGCGAAGUUGUCUCCUCAUGACGAUCUAGUCAAAUUCAAACAGAACAAAGAUACUGAUGGAUUUCUGGGCGAUUUCAGUUCAACCGGAACUAAAAUUGCGCACGACAUGUACCAAGUCAAAAUAGUGACUAUUCCCGGAAAGGCUAUAUAUGAGGGCAGUGUGCUUCACGACAUUGCCAAAAAUCAGUACCGUGUCAAGCUGAGCGAUAUCUCGCGCAUUAACAAAUACGGAUCGCAGGCGAACUGUAUCUACGAGAAAGAUCCAGAAAUGAGAAAGUACUGCUAUUGUAAGAAUCAAGAGUAACAACUGAAUUUUGUUCCUUUAACGGUCACAUGGAUGUGUGUGGUUUUGAAAGCCUAAAACAACAUUUAGACGAAUAGUUUAAGUGAGUAAAAUGGUAUUAUUCAUUCGAAACAGAAGAUGAAAACAAGAAUCUCAAAGAGACAUAAUUUUUGUAUUAUAUUUUUGGUUAUUAAUAGAAACUAUUAUCAAAACUUAUAGAAGCCACAAUUUAAAUAAAUACAAAUAUUUGUGAAAAUAUUUUAGAUGUGCAAGAGAAAUGUAAUAUUUUUGAGAGCCAUGAAUAUUAUUAGUUCUUGUAAAAUGUAUACUUUAGUAACUGCUCAGUUGCAAGCAAAUCGAUAAAGUGGGUAUUAUUGACCCAAACAAAUGUAGCUCGUAGAUUUUUUUAUUGUCAAGAAAAUGUUACCCAAAGGUUUUUCAUACAUAACAUAAAAUGUUACGCUUAUUAUUUAUUAUUCGAAUUGGUUCAAAAGAAGAAUCUUUGAAGAAUUGUUUUUUUUUUAAGAUUUCGACAUGAAAUCAGACAGUUCAUUUUUCGUUUGUCCUAUGAAUAUCACAGCUGCUUCAUCAAGAUCUGAAAUAUGUAUGUUUGAUUUUUUUUAAUUGCAUAUGUAAUAAAAAUCUGAAAAGCUA